AUGUCUUAUUUCUCCAUCCACGAGGUUCAUCAAGCAAUAGAUUACUUAAGGCAAUUUCUGAGCAUUGCUGAGGAAGUCGGUAACAAGUUUAUGGAAGGACAGGCAUAUUUUAAGCUGGCUGGUUGUCUGGUAGGGUUAGGUUGUUGGAAUGAAGCUUUAUUUUAUCUUAUCACCAGCGUAGAAAUCCUUGAUGCUAUUAGGGCCAGUUUCAUUUCGGAAGAUGUACUGAAAAUAAGUUUUCGCAAUCUUUGUAAAGGUGCCUACACUUGUUUGUGGAAGGUUCUACUAAAGCUUCAAUUGACGGAUGAGGCUUUAUACGCUGCCGAGAAGGGACGAGCACAGGCCUUAGUAGAUGCGUUAAAAAUAAAUUAUGGCUUAACAUCCCUUUCGCUCCUGUCAAAUGAAUCUGAAGAAGAACUCACAAUCAUUUUAAAGAAGAUAUCUGUUUCGACAGUUUUUCUGGCUGUUCAAGAAGGAACAAUCAAUAUGUGGGUCCUGAGGAAGGGAAGAAAUGCUAUUUUUACGCAAGCAGAACUUAAAGUUGAAGGUGCGCACGAAGAUUAUUUUUCUGAACUUUUAAAAAAUGCCUUGAAAAACAUUAGGGCUGGCGUCGAUGUUCGGUGCGAGAAUCGGUCAUUGGAUGAGCGAAAGGUUAACCAAACUUCCAGCACUGAGAAGGAUGAUCAAACAUCGGAGCUGUCGCACGAGACUAUCGACUGUUUUAAGCCACUGUAUGAUGCAAUCAUUGGUCCCAUUGAAGACUUGCUUGAUGGCGAUGAACUCAUUGUAGUCCCUGAUGGCGAUUUGUCCUUAGCUCCUUGGGCCGCGCUAAGUGAAUCUUUAAGGAUCCGCACAGUUCCCUCACUGACAAGUCUGAAAUUCAUCAUAGAUUCUCCAGAUAAAUACCACUGUAAAAGUGGCGCCCUGCUUGUUGGAGAUCCAUGUCUGAAGAAAGUUACGAAGAGAGGGGGUUGUCCUAUUUAUGAUCAACUGGAAUACGCAAAAAAGGAAGUGGAGAUGAUUGGAGAAAUUCUCAAGUGCCAACCACUAACGGGAGAAGCAGCGACCAAAAAAGAAGUUCUUCGCAGAAUAAAUUCAGUUGCUUUGGUUCACAUUGCAGCGCACGGAAGUAAAGAAACUGGUGGAAUUGCUUUGGCUCCAGACCCUUGCUGGGAAUCCAAGAUUCCUGAGGAGGAGUAAUUUUUGAGAAUGUCUGAUAUACAAGCUGUUAAACUGAGAGCCAAGUUGGUUGUCCUUAGUUGCUGUCAUAGUGGUCAAGGAGAGGUCUCGUCUGAGGGUGUGGUCGGUAUUGCUCGGGCUUUCUUGUUUGCUGGUGCUCGUUCCGUGGUGGCGACACUCUGGGCAAUUGAUGACGAAGCAACCCUGGAGUUUAUGAAAAGUUUUUACCAACACCUGAGGGGUGGAGAAAGUGCUAGUUCUGCUCUUCAGAGGGCCAUGAAAUGUCUCCGGGACUCGGACAAGUAUUCUGCUCCAAAGUACUGGGCUCCAUUUGUACUGAUUGGCGAUGACGUUACGAUUGAAUUUGAUGAAAGUAACCGCGAAAGUCGUAAGUAG